AUGAUCAAACAUCCAAUACAGACCAACCCAGGAGCGGUGCAGUCGCCUCAAACCAUGGCCCCUCCAGUGCUCAGUUUAAAGCCAACGGAUUUCUCUAUUUCUCACAGCCUUGAUGAAUUGUUUCCUGAAGUGGGACAACUAAGAAAGUUGCAGGAUGCCGAGAGAAGAUUAGACAUAUUUACUACUAGGAAAUGGGCUGACUUACAGGAAUCGGCACAGACAGGGAUCAAGGAGUCCGGGAUCUUGAGAAUAUUCAUUUACAACACUUGCGAGAACCAAUUAUGGCAAAAAGAAUUGUUGAAAUCUCAAGGGAAAGAAGUGAAUGAGAACGACCCAGCCACUUGGACGUUACGUGUGGAAGGCAGAUUAUUGAAUGAUAAAGAUCCGGUGGACUCACCAAGCAGACUCAAAUUCAGUAAUUAUUUGACAGGGCUAGCCAUUGAUUUGGAUACUAAUUCCAAGUUUGAAUCAAUUACUCCUAGCACUCUCAACCAAUCGGUGAUUGAAUGGCACGAGACCCCACAACAUCAAGGUAACAGAAUAUCAUUUGAUGGUAUGGAUGUGAAAAGAAAAGGGAGCGAUAAAGUGAAAUGUAAAAUUACCAUUCAACCAAAAGAAUAUCCAACAAAAUUUAAAUUAGAUCUGAAGUUAGCAGAAUUAUUGGGCAGUUAUGAAAUGAGCGAAACAGACGUUAUUUUCUCCUUGUGGCAGUACAUUCAAAUAAAUAAAUUACAUGAUAAGACGGAUAAAAGAUUAGUGAAUUGCGAUCAAGAUUUAGAAGAGCUUUUCAAAGUUAAACAAAUAGCUUUUUCAGAUUUGAUUCAUGUUAUCAGAAACUUUUUGAAACCAGUGGAACCUAUUGUUCUUGAUUAUGAAGUUGCUACUGAUAAAUCGUCAACCUUGGGCGAAGUAGUUCUCGAUGUUAACGUGGAAAUCAGGAACCCAGUUCUUGAUGAGGUGAAUGCUAAACAGUAUACUGCCAUGGAAAAGGAAAUGAUCACCAAGAAUGAUCCUCUCAUUAAAGAACUUGACACUAAAAUUGCUUUAGAUAUUCAGGCGUUGAACUCUUCUAGAACGAAAUAUGAAUUCUUUAAGAAGUUUGCUGAGGAUCCUCUCAAUUUCUUGGAGAAAUGGCAAGAAUCUCACGCCAAAUCCUUGAAAAUUUUGCUCGGCGAUGAAGGUUACACUGAAGAAAACGCCAGAAGAUCCGAGUUUUACACUGACGAGUUAUUGGAUGAAAAUAUUGACUUGUUGCUAAACAGUAAUAGACUCUAA